AUGUGUACAAUUAUUCACUUUCCCAAGAACCCCUGUAUGUUGUCCCACAUACAGUCUAUCCUGAUUGGUCACAGCAGAGAGUACUUCUUUCUCACGGGUUUGCUGAACUGUCAGUCUUCAGCUCCUGACCACCUUCCUCCCCAAAGACAUCACCACAGGUACAUAAAAGCUGUAUCUGACUACGCUAUGUCUUCUGAGAAGCAAAUAAAUGAUUCUUCCCUAGAGAACCAGGAACAGGAGCAACAGAAUCUUUUGAGGCGAGUGGCCAGUCUGCCCUUGGUCAGCUCUGCCUAUGACAUGGCUGCAACUGCCUACACCUCCACCAAGGAGAGCCACCCCUACCUAAAGUCCUUGUGUGAUGUGGCAGAGAAAGGAAUGAAGACCAUUAGUGAGGCUGCAGCCAGCAGGGCACAGCCAAUUCUGACUUCAUUUGAACCACAGAUUGCAACAGCAAAUGAAUAUGCUAUUAAGGGACUGGACACACUGGAAGAGAAGCUGCCAAGCCUUCAAAUUACAGGGGAUAAGGUUGCUUCAGACCCCAAGGAGCUGGUGCCAUCCAAAGUGGAAGCUGCCAGGAGAUUCUCCAGCUUAGUAGAUGUGACCAGAGAAGCUGUGCAAGAGAGUAUGGAGUCCACCAAGUCAGCUAUGACCCACAGUGUGAACACAGUCAUGGGUUCAAGAAUGGGCCAGAUGGCUGCAAGUGGUGUGGAAGCAGUGCUGGAGAAAUCGGAGGAGCUGUUAGAUCAAUAUCUCCCCAUAACAGAUGAGGAACUAGCUGAACUUGCAACAUCUAUAAAGGAGGAUGGAGUGGCUCCUCUCCAGCCUCAAAGUUACUUUGUGCGCUUAGGCUCCCUGUCAAGCAAACUCCGCCACCGUGCCUACCAGCAUUCUCUAGCCAAGAUUAAAAAUACCAGGCAGAGUAUCCAAGAGACUCUCUCCCAGCUUCAUCAAACCAUUGAUCUGAUUGAAUACAUGAAGCAAGGAGUGGAUCAGAAGCUUCAAGAUGGCCAAGAGAAGCUCCACCAAAUGUGGCUGGACUGGAGCAAGAGGCAGACAGGAGGGAGUGAGGACACAGACUUGGUACAACCUGAGCAACUGGAGUCUCAUGCUCUGACAACGUUUCAGAGCAUUAUCCAGCAGCUGCAGGCAACCUGCCUGACCCUAAUGUCAAGCAUCCAAGGCUUCCCCUCCAACAUCCAGGAUAAGGUGCAGCAGGUUCGCCACAGCACAAAAGAGCUCCAGGCUUCAUUCUCCACAGUCCACUCCUUCCAAGACCUCUCCAGCAGAAUCCUGACCCAGAGCCGCAAACAGGUCACCAAAGCCCAGGGGUACAUGGAUGAGCUGCUAGAGUACAUAGUGCACAACACUCCUCUGUCCUGGCUAGUGGGACCCUUCAUGCUGUCUGGUAAAAUACCAGACGAAGCCAUGGAACCAUCAGAAUGA